GCCGGCGCCGCCCCGGACGUGGCGUGGGGAUGGUGGCGCAGGGGCCCGGCGGCCGCUGUGCCCCGGCGCUGCUGCUGCUGCUCGGCCUGGCCGCGCUCGCCCUGCCGCCGUCCCGAGCCGCCGCCUCCGAGCCGCCCGCCGUCGCCCUCCGCGCUGGCCACGCCGCCUCCUCGCUGCCCGCCGCCGCUGCCGCUGCGCGUACCAGAUACCUGUUGUAUGAUGUAAACCCCCCUGAAGGGUUCAACCUUCGCAGAGAUGUCUACAUUCGUAUUGCUUCCCUUCUAAAGACCCUGCGGAAAAGUGAAAAUUGGGUGUUGGUUCUGCCUCCCUGGGGACGUCUUUAUCACUGGCAGAGCCCUGAUAUCCUCCAGGUCAGGCUCGCUUGGUCCGAGUUCUUUGAUAUCCCAAGCCUCAACAGGAACAUCCCUGUCAUCGAAUAUGAGCAGUUCCUUGCAGAGUCAGGUGGGCCCUUUAUUGAACAGGUUUAUGUGCUACAAGGCUAUGCAGAAGGAUGGAAAGAAGGAACAUGGGAAGAAAAAAUAGAUGAAAAACCAUGCAUUGAUCAGCUGGUGUACUCCAAAGACAAACAUGGUUACUACAGAGGCUGGUUCUGGGGUUACGAGGAAACACGAGGCCUAAACGCCUCUUGCUUGUCUGUCCAAGGAUCAGCCUCUAUUGUGGCUCCCAUCCUUCUGAAGAAUACUUCAGCACAGUCAGUGAUGUUAGACAGAGCUGAAAACCUUCUUCAUGACCACUACGGAGGGAAAGAUUAUUGGAAUACCCGUCGGAGCAUGGUGUUUGCUAAACACCUCCGCGUGGUGGGAGACAGGUUCAGGAAGAAAUACCUUCAAUCCACUGAUGAGGCAGACAGGACUCAGUACAAGGAGGACUGGACACAGAUGAAGGUUAAGACGGGCACAGCUCUAGGUGGCCCCUACCUUGGGGUUCAUCUCAGAAGGAGAGACUUCAUUUGGGGUCACAGAGAAGACGUGCCUUCCCUGCAAGGAGCAGUAAAGAAAAUCCACAGCCUCUUGGAGACACUUAAACUUAAAAAAGUUUUUGUAGCCACUGAUGCUGUUGAGGAAGAGAUUGAAGUGCUCAAGAAACUGCUGCCUGAGAUGGUGAGAUUUGAACCCUCUCUGGAGGAGCUGGAACUCUAUAAGGAUGGAGGCUUAGCUGUGAUUGACCAGUGGAUUUGCGCACAUGCAAGAUUGUGGAUCAUUGGGGAAAAUAUUUGGGAUAAAGAAAUGAAACACACGAGGGAAGCUCCAUGUUCUGAAGAGAAUGCUUUAGUAUUGUUUUUUACCAGUGUGGGUAAAAAUUUUUUACCGAAUGGGACGUGCCUAGUCUUGUCUGGUCCCUGCUGCUCAACCAAAUAGCAGCACCUGUGGUCUUUUCUCCCCAGAGACACUACUGGUGGGUUGCAGCUGGGCACGUGGGGACAAGCCCAGGCAUGCCCGAACUCCAAUGCUAAUGGGCUGGAGUUUGUUGGCAAAAGAGGGUCACUCCUCAGGCCUCCCUGUGCUGGAGAAACCUUUUAAGGCGGUGGAGAAGACGGAGUCGGUCUUCAUGGAGGGUUUAAUCCAGAGGGUUUUUUUCUCAGCCACAGUAACAGCUCCAUGAGGCCUCCCCCAGGGCGUGGUGUGCCCAUCCUUUUACCCAGGGGAGAGGGGGAGGGGGGGGAAACACAGGGACCACCAACCAGGCACAGGGGUGUUAUGAAUAAAAAGUUAUCAAUUUUUUUAAGGUUGCAAAGUUAAACAAGUUGAAUCAAUUACUGUUAAAUUGAAGGUUAUCUGCAUGUUGCAGCCACCUAUUGUUAAGAGUUCUUCUUCAAUUACCUAUUAAUGGUUGGUGAUUAGCUAUUGUCCCCGCCUGAUGCUUGCCAGGGAUGACACUCGAACCUGCAGGUAGCAGGGGUGGAGUGACCUCUGAGCUAGUAUGCAGAUGAGAAUGCAUUUCACCAGAUUUUGCAACGUUCUGGAAAAAAACCACUAAAAAUAACGAGCCAACACGGAACUAAGAGACCUAAGUGACAUCUAAGGAUGAGGAACUUAAUCCAAUAUCUGCUACGAUCCUUUUACUUCUCACCCUAACCUUAAAAGGUCUUAACUAGAAAGAGGACCUGAAAUGUUAGACUGAAAAAGUGGAAUUUCCUACUUUCCCGUGAGGACGGAAUCCCCAGCUCUGCCUGCAGACCAGCAGACACAGCUGCAUCACCCUCUUCCUCCGUGCCACGCCUGGGAGCAGUGGCAACGUGACCCGUCGAUUUCUCCCCACCUGAGCUGAUU